CAUCCAGUAUAUCUGGCUAGCGUCGCCAUUCCGAUCCUCCAACUCCAUUCCAUCUAGCAAACACAGACACACAAUUCUUCACUUUGACGAAAAUCAGCUACCAAUACUCCACGCGCCAUUCUUGAAGGAUUUACGCCAGGCCAGACCUCUACAGCUGCGAUUCCUGGCAACCCCCACCAACGGCGUCCCUCUACCUUGUCCCCUCCCAGCCGCAAGGUCCAGCCCGACUGUCCGAGACCCAACGGGAAACGCCUCUGGCCUUGUCAACCGCACGAGCCCAGCUUAUUCGUACGAGAAAGCGCGGGGCCAUGGGCUUGACCGCAGUGCACGUUCGAGGGAAGCGGAAAUCCAGCUCAUCUAAAUUCAGUAAACCUCCAAAGGCCCUGCAACCCCACGAGCAGCAGCACACGCGCAAAAAGGCGAAGCGGUCCAUGUCCGACGUGAUGGCAGCACAUUCUAGCAAGGAGCGCUCGAAUCUAGACACACUGCCUUCCGAGAUCCUGGAAAAGAUUCUACUGUACAGCCAGAACCUGUCGCUACCCCACGCCAGUCUUGUCAUCGGGGCCAAGCUUUCGGAGAGAGCCACUCUGAUUCGACUUCUCAUCUGGGCAUUCCACGAGACAUGGGAUCAAUGGUUUGGCGUGCCGACGAGCACGACUUUGCUUCACGGUCCUCCAGUGAUGGGUAAGCCGCAGACAAAAUGUCACGGCGACCAUGUUCUACAGACUGCCGUGCUCAAGCAGCCUUGGGCGAAGAUCGACUACCUCCUCCAAGCCCAACAGACCUGGGCUGAUAACAAUGCGUACGGUCGGUGGUUCCAACACUCAAUACCGUGGAACGACGAACCAGAUGAGCUCGGGCACUCCCACCACGGCGGACCGUCGCACUACAACGCACACAAAUGUUUCGACGUCGACUAUAGCCAGGCGACAAACUGGUCACCCUUCCGCGUCGAGUCCAUGGCGUGGGGUACGCAAGACAUACACCCCAAGACACGCAUUCCCGAGGAUCUCAUCACCGGCCCGUGGGACGAGGAGCAAACAAAACGUCUUUUCUGGCUGGCGCGAGGUGGCAUGCUCAUUGCUAGCCAGGACUUUGACAUGCCGCCCUGGGAGAUGAAGAUUGAGCUCUUGCGCAACGCCGUCCUCAAUUGCACAAAACCCAACAUGAUUGUCAUCAACUGUCUCAUCGGCGCCUGGGUAUUCCAGGAUCUGCCAGGUGAGGUUGUGCGCAAGGAGCUGAAUGAUCUCGACCGUCGUAUCAAAUGGGGCGACGACACUGAUCUCAUGAGGACCAUCUUGCAGCGGACACGCAACGUCAUGAGCACAUUCCAAGACUAUCGUCAGAUGCGCCGCAGCUCUGUAUGAGCAUGUGUUGACUCGGGAGACGGUGGAUAUCAAGGAGAAAGGGGCUAUUUUCAUGAUGAGCUACGAAGACUACGAUGGCCAUGACUGUACUAUGCAUAGCGUUUAUUGAAUACCGAAACACAAGGUUUCCUCGACUGAGGUGGAGCAGCAGUG